AUGCCGAUCAGUUUGACCGAUGAGCAGAUGGCACCAGCUCGACUUCUCACACUUACGCCCAGUGGCAACACAACUCAAUCCAUAUCCUCUACCGUAACCACCAUGCCGGGUGAAAGUACUCCCUUGGUUGGCAGUGUCACAGCCAUGGGUGUACCGCUUUUGCAAGGUAUGCUUAUAUGCCCAGAAGCAAGGCAUACAACCACGAUAAUCACAACUACAACUACAACUUAUCGGAUGGUAGAGGUCAGCGACAGCGAUUCGCUUUCAGAUGAUUUUGAAGUACUAGAUGAAAACGCACUCACAGUAGACGUAUCACUUUUAACGCCUGGAACCUCUUCUCCACAGUCUCCUCAAUACAUGAUUAUAGAAAAAAGGGAGUCUGAGGGGCCUUUAUCAUUAAUCACACGCUCAAGGAUGGAUAUCGAUCUUAAAUUCCCACCCAUAGGCAUUGAAAGAUCUACAGAAUUAGACGAAAAACCAAUAAUGGAAAUGGUCUCGGUGUACCAUUCAGGAUUCUCAGAUUUACCCUAUAAGCAGAGUGAAGAAAAUAAAUUUGAGGGAUCGUUAUCAGAAAAGUUCGCCCAUGGACGAUCAGAUGAACCUGCACCAAGAUCCGACGAGGAACACAUCGAUCUUGCUGAUGUCGCUAAGACAUUCGGUGACAAAAUCACAGGCCUGUUCAGGAGACGACCAACAAUCCCAGACUACCCAUCAUCAGAGCCCUACGCUGGUCCUUUAGUAGAUACGCGAAGGCGGGAAGAUAUCGACUCACAACCGCUUCACACCGCAGUCACGGUGUAUCAUAGCGGCCGGUCUGACAUUCCUCACGAAAAAGUUGUAUUUGCACCAGAAGCAGUAGAGGUACAUCAAGAAAUGCACUAUGACUACCCAACAACAACAGCAUACGAAGGACCACUUGAGAGUACAAACCGAAUCGAUGACAUCCAAGGAGAACCACUCACACACCACGUCACCGUGUACCACAGCGGGCGAUCAGAUGAACCUGCACCGAAAUCCGACGAGGCACACAUCGAUCUUUCUAAUGCCGCUAAGACAUUCGGUGAUAAAAUUACCGGGUUAUUCAAGAAAGGUGCAGCUCAUCUUGACUACCCUGUGUCAGCGUUGUACGAAGGACCUCUCGACAGUACACAACGAAUCGAUGACAUCCAAGGAGAACCACUCACACACCACGUCACCGUGUAUCACAGUGGACGAUCAGAUGAACCUGCACCGAAACCCGACGAGGCACACAUCGAUCUUGCUGAUGCAGCGAAAGCAUUCGGUGACAAAAUCACAGGCCUGUUCAGGAGACGACCAACAAUCCCAGACUACCCAUCAUCAGAGCCCUACGCUGGUCCUUUAGUAGAUACGCGAAGGCGGGAAGAUAUCGACUCACAACCGCUUCACACCGCAGUCACGGUGUAUCAUAGCGGCCGGUCUGACAUUCCUCACGAAAAAGUUGUAUUUGCACCAGAAGCAGUAGAGGUACAUCAAGAAAUGCACUAUGACUACCCA